CUUAUAUCGUUCAAUUCAAGAAAUAAAGUUAAAGUCCAGCAUGGAGUGUAUCACUAUGAAAUUAGAAUUCUAUUAGACAAAGGAGUCUAAAAUACUCUAUUAUAAAUAACGAGUUAACCUCGUUUAAGCUUUUCAUCAUUCACGCAAAAUACAAUUCUCCAAACGAUUAUUAGUGCUGCAAAUUUUCUGUUUUUCUGUCUUAGGUAGCUAGUCAUCAAUCAAAAUUUUCUGUCUUAGGUAGCUAGUCAAAUCAACAUGUAUCAAGUCGCGAGUGCAUCAGAGUACUUGGUGGUGACCGGUGCCGGAAUACCCGACAUAAAAAUCUCGAAGAAAGCAUGGAUAUUCCCCGGCCAAACGUACACAAAAUUCGACGUAUCUCCAGUGAACUACACGUUCGAAGUACAAGCCAUGAGCGCGGAGAAACUCCCGUUCAUCCUCCCGGCCGUAUUCACGAUCGGCCCACGCAUAGACGACGAGGCCAGCCUACUCAAGUACGCCAAGUUGAUCUCCCCACACGACAAGCUCUCCCACCAUGUCAAGGAACUCGUGCAGGGCAUUAUCGAAGGCGAGACUCGAGUCCUCGCUGCUUCGAUGACGAUGGAGGAGAUUUUCAAAGGGACCAAAGAGUUCAAACAGGAAGUCUUUGGGAAGGUUCAAUUGGAGCUCGACCAAUUCGGGCUACUGAUUUACAAUGCUAACGUGAAGCAGCUUGUCGAUGUACCUGGCCACGAGUAUUUUUCCUACUUGGGGCAGAAAACUCAGAUGGAGGCGGCGAAUCAGGCGAAGGUUGACGUGGCGGAGGCGAAGAUGAAGGGUGAUUUGGGGUCGAAGCUGAGGGAGGGGGAGACGCUUAGGAAUGCGGCGGCGAUUGAUGCGGAGACGAAGAUUGCGUCGACGCAAAGGCAGGGAGAGGGGAAGAAGGAGGAGAUAAAGGUGAGGACUGAGGUCAAGGUAUUUGAGAAUCAGAGGGAGGCUGAGGUGGCGGAGGCGAACGCUGAGCUGGCGAAGAAGAAGGCCGGUUGGGCGAAGGAGGCGCAGGUGGCGGAGGUUGAGGCAAGCAAGGCUGUUGCUUUGAGGGAUGCUGAGCUGCAGAGGGAGGUCGAGACGAUGAACGCCUUGACUCAGACGGAGAAGCUCAAGGCUCAGUUCUUGAGCAAAGCCGGAGUCGAAUACGAAACAAAGGUCCAAGAGGCGAAUUGGGAGCUUUACAAGAAGCAAAAAGCGGCAGAAGCGUACCUGUACGAGAAGGAGAAGGAGGCACAGGCACAGAAAGCAGUAGCAGAUGCUUCUUUUUACCAGCGGAAACAAGUGGUGGACGGUGAUUUGUACGCAAAGAUGAAGGAAGCUGAAGGGCUGAAAGCACUUGCCGAAGCUCAGGGCACUUACAUACGCACACUUCUCGACGCAAUGGGCGGAAACUACGCGGCGUUGAGGGAUUACUUGAUGAUCUCCGGCGGUAUGUACCAGGAUAUAGCCAAGAUUAACUCCGAGGCUGUGCGUGGGCUCCAGCCAAAGAUCAGCAUUUGGACCAACGGAAGUGGAAGCGGUGAUGGUGGCGACAAUAGUGCGAUGAAGGAAGUUGCCGGAGUUUACAAGAUGCUGCCGCCGCUAUUCAAGACUGUUAAUGAGCAGACUGGCAUGCUCCCGCCUUCAUGGAUGGGCACUUUGACCGACGACUCUACGUCAAACAAUUGAUAUCAUCAUAUCAAUAAUUCAGUAUCUACAUAGCUAUAUAUUAAUUAGGUUUAGAUGCUUCUUUUUUCAUGCUUACUUAUUUCAUAAUUAGGUUUAGAUGCUUCUUUUUUCAUGUUUAAUUAACAAUUGCUUUCUGGCAUUUUUUUCUUAAUUCCUACUACUAUACAUUAGCAAUCAAAUCAAAAUAGCUUUAUUUUUCUUCAUCAUUAACCUCUGUUGCUUAUUAAUAUUCAUCAUAUAUCUUUUAGUACUGUUUAUUCUUGACAAACUUUCAAUAUGACACGGGGAUUUAUUAAAAGUCGACAUCGAAGCUCGCAAAUUAUAUAAAAAAAUUGAAGUUAGAAACCAUGGGUUAAACCUUU